AUGUUUGACUCUUGUAGAGUUGUAGUGAUACAACAAUGUAGUGAGAUUUUUGUUGACGAAGACAAAAAAGACACUACCGUCAAAAGAAUAUUACUUUCAGGUGAACCAGGCGUAGGGAAAACACUGUUCUCGCAGAAACUUCUUCGUGAUUUGUCUACCAAUUCCAUAACGAUCCCUGACAUUCAGUUUACUUACCUCAUAACGUUUAGACAAUUGAACAACUUACCAAACGAACAAACGUUGAACCUCGAAGAACUGCUGAACCUUUGCCCUUUAUUGAACGAUGGAACCAUGAUAGACGAGAAUGUGAUGGACUACAUUCUUCAGCAUCCAGAGCAAUUAUUGAUUGUUCUCGAUGGCUUUGACGAAUAUAAAGACCGAAACAAAAUACUCGGAGAUUUUGAAAGUCAAUUUCCUAAUGAUAGUAAACUAACCAAGAAGCCAGUAGCAGCUCUUCUAAGCAAACUAAUCAGAAAAAAAAUCUUGGMCGAUGCUGUCAUCAUGGUUACCUCCAGGCCGACCGAAGCGAACGCGUUAGACCAAGAAAUGCACCCUGACCACUAUGUCGAAAUUACAGGAUUCUCAGAACAACAGGUUAUUGAAUUUGUUGAGAAUUAUUUCAGUACAAAACCAGAAGAAGUAAAAUACAUGGCACUUAGCAAGGUUAAAGAAAGCGCGCACUACAUUUCAUUUGGUCGCGUCCCUUUCCGUUGUUUGUUGAUGUGUAUGCUCAUCGAGUGGAAAAUCRMAAAACACGAUAAUUCAUGUCCUCUCACACUUACAGAGUUKUAUUUUCAAGUAAUUCAAUGUAUAGAAAAGAAUUACAACAAAGCAAUACUUAGUYYAGAUGACAAAGCCGCUUCGUUGGCUGUUGACAAAACGCUCGAUAAUUUUUCAAAGCUAGCGGCACAUUUAGCUGAACAAAAUAGAUUUAGUUUUACCUUACAAGACUUAGAAAAUCUAAAAUUAUCAGAAAAUGAAUUAUUGUACAUAAAAUCUAGCAAUCUUAUAUUUUGUUAUCCUGUUUCAAGUAAUAAUUUGCCAUUUCAAAAGACAAUCUGUGUGGAAUAUAGCUUCACACACUUCACCAUUCAAGAGUUUUUUGUUGCUCGGUAUUUGGUGAAGAAAGGCGUAAUGGCGGCACAAAAAAGCACUGAAAUGGUGUACACAUUCAUGAGCGGUUUGUUAGGUUUAAAUGAUAAUAAUGAAUUAAUGCUAGAACUACUAGAGUGUCUAGGUAAACAUAUUAAAGAUGGAGGUAGACUAAGACUGGUGUCAUUGCGAUGCCUGCACGAGUUUGGUCUUGACAAAAGCUUGACAAAACAAGAACUGACUACAAAUCGUGAUGACAGAUACUGGUAUAGUUAUGGGGAGAUUGUAUUAGAAGAUGUAACCGACAUGGACUGUGCAGCAAUCGCUAUGUUAGUAGAAUCCACUGCUACAUCAAUAUCAUCACCACCACACAAAUUGCACAUUGUUAACUCAGGGAUUACCAUUACCGGGAUAAAGAGAUUGAUGUCAUCUCUCAUAGUUCCAAACUGCACAAUCACUGUACUUUUGCUGGAGUCUUGUGAUUUGAAUGAUGAACACGUAAAGUGCUUGUUUGAAAAAUUAUCAAAAACAAAAAUAACCACGCUAAGCCUGCAGGUUAAUGAAAUAACUGAUGAUGGAGUACAUCACAUCAUGAAAGACUUUCCCAGUAAUCUCACCGAGUUAAACCUGUCUUGGAAUAAAAUAACUGAUGGUGGAGUGGAUCACAUCAUGAAACAUUUACCCAGUAAUCUCACCAAGCUAGACCUGUAUCAUAAUAACAUAUCUGCUGAAUGUGAAGAAAAAACUAGACAAUUCUGUAGUGAUAAAUAUCCUGGUCUAUUGUUAUUAAUAUCGUAGAUAAUUUAAAGUUUGACUCUUGUAGAAUUUUAGUAAUACAAGUAACCCCAGCACAACAAAAA